AUGGUGACGAGUGCAAGCUACCGUUUGAGUACAACAAUUGUAACUCCUCUUAUGCAAUGGUCAGCUUUUUGCAUAUCCAUCGCUCCGGGUGAGCCAGCUAACGUUUUCUUCAAUGGAAAGAAAGCACAGAACGUCACGAGCUUUGGACAUGGAAAAGACAGUGCUCAGCUUUCAAGGAACACAGUUUUGAUGGACGCCGAUGGAACAAUAGUGCUCGGCCAGGACCAGGAUGCUCCUGCAGACGUGUAUGACGCGGCGGAAUCGUUAAGUGGAGCUGUGACGGACUUGAACGUGUGGUCUCGACGGCUACGUGGAGACGAAAUGGCGGCCAUCUCUGGGUGUCUCACCAGAGGGAAAGGCGACGUCCUUGACUGGGACACUUCCGAUUUUGAGAUCGGCCUAGACUGUUCCAUAUCGGAGAUGGAAUUGACCGAAACUUGCGACGUAGUGCCUCGGCCAUACUUCAUGUUUCCUAGUCAGCUACAGUUCGGCACGUCAGUUAGGCUCUGCAGAGCGUUUGGAGGCGAAAUAGCAGCCCCCAAGAAUUUGGAGGAACAAAUGGUAGUGUAUUCCCUGGCAGAGAAAAGCCAGGACCAAUGUUCUCGUGAGGGAGACCCUCUCACGUGGCUGGGCAUGACUAAACGCAUCUAUGAAGACACUUGGCGCUAUCUUCACUCAAAGCGAAAUGUAACAUUUUUCAACUGGGCGUCAGGAGAACCGGAUGAGGAAGAAGAAGAAACCUGUGCCGUUUUAAAGGGAUAUCCUUUCCAGGGAGGAUGGGCGGACCAGUCCUGCCGCAGAAGCUACAAAGUUUGCGUCCUUUGCGCUCUUGAAAUGCCUGUUCUUCUAAGGUUCCGAGGCAUAUGUGACUCCACCUUAUACGAUGACAACUUCGUGAUGACGGGAACAAGGAAUGGAAAGCCUUACUUCAGAGGAUACUACCGUUCCCAUAUUUACUACACUGAUCGUCGCACUUGGCGUCUGGAGAACAUUAUGUCAAAUGCAACCUUUGCUGAGAUGGACGACGAAGGUUCUUUGGACUUCCCCAUUGGUCGCAACGUUUGGGAGUUUUCACAUGGAUUCUGUGGUCGCGAGAAGCUGGAAGAGCAUUCCCUCACACUCUCGCAGUGCCAUGAAAACGUUGAGUUCACUUGCGACGACGGAACCUGCAUCCUUAUGGACGAGGUAUGUGACCGGCGAACACAGUGUGAUGAUCGAUCAGACGAAAUUGAUUGUUCUACAGUCGAACUCCCACGAGGGUAUCAGUCCACGCUCCCGCCCCCCAGCCCAAAAAUAGGUUCUGCUCUACCUGUAUAUCUUAACAUUACUCUCAGGUCUUUCGUGGAAAUUGAUGCAAUAAACAACAAGUUCGAAGUUGAGAUAGUCAUUCGUAUGUUGUGGAAAGACGAGCGGAUCAGGUUUAAACAUCUGCGUCGCGACCGCCAACUCAACAUCAUUCUGCCAUCUGAGGCAAAGAACAUAUGGGUACCUACAAUAGAUUUUCUGAACGCGGAUGAUAACCGUCAGACCACUGUAGACGAAGCAAGCAAGAUUACAAUUGAGAGAUUGGGAACUUCUCUUCCAGACAACAUUGAAGUAUCCAAGGAAGCUCGAGUCUACGAAGGACGGGACAAUUAUAUACGGAACACUAGAAAAUAUACGGUAGUGUUCUUGUGCAACUUUAAUUUCUUUUACUACCCUUUCAACACCGACUACUGUUCCAUGAUAUUCCGAAUAAACAAGAACACGGAAACCUAUGUAACCCUCGAGAAAUACGGCCCAGGAACUUUCUACGAGGGAGGAGACCUCCUAGCAGAGUAUACCAUUGGAGGGAUUACCACAGAUCGAUUUAAUGAUAACGAACCUUACAGCGGCAUCGAGACACUUAUUCAAUUGAGACAUCUCUUCACCACACAGAUGGUGACUGUAUUCAUCCCAACUACUCUUAUCAACAUUAUUUCUUUUGCUACGUUUUCUUUCAAAUGGUUUGAUUUUCAAAACAGAAUAAUGGUAUCCCUCACAGCUCUGCUGGUUCUUUCCACUCUUUUCUCUCAAAUUAGUGACAAUCUUCCAAAAACCUCGUAUUUUAAAUUAAUUGAUGUCUGGUUCUUUAAUUCCAUUCUUUUCACUUUUUUGACCAUCAUGACGCAUACGCUUGUUGAGUACACACACAGUUAUAGCUCAAAUGUGGAUCCAAACCCCAAGUCAUCACUUUCAAGUUUCAUACCCAUUAAGGUUGCUCCGGUUUCUGUCAAUGAUGAGGAAAUUAAAUCACAGAUAAAAGAUGAAAAAUUCAAAAAACGUUGGGGUAAGUCAAUGCCAGAAUUCGUUAACGUGGUUGGUUACACUUUAAUCUUAUCUUCAUACCUGAUAUUCUUCUUGGUGUUUUGGGGCAUUGCAUUUUCCCAAAAGAUUAUAGAAGACGCAAAAAAAUUUCCUCAGGAAAACGAAGUAUUGACAGAAUAUCCGGAAUAGACUCACAAUUGAUGCACACACACACACACACACACACACACACACACACACACACACACACACACACACACACUAACAUGAUCAUAUACAACUUCCGACCGUUAUACAGAGUUUCCUAGCACAGAAAAGCUAGUCAUUUUUUUUUUUUGUCUUUAAACAAAUUCUAUUAAACAUCUCGGUAAAUUCACAUUAGGUUUCAUAACGGAAUUACUGCACACAAUAACAAUUGCACAAAUUGUACAAUUGUAACUUACGAGUAGUGUCAGGUUUGACAUUUACGUCUAGCUUAUCUUCUUUCUAUCUCGUGUCCUUUACCUCAUUAUAUAAACCGUGAAGUUAGAGAGACUACUUGACCAAAAAGGCUUCCAUUGCCAUAAGAAUAAUUUUUCAAUACUUCGAUCAUACUGUUUAUUUUGCCAUAACUUUCAAUAACGUUUAUUUUCGAUGGAGUAUAUUUAUUUUCCCAUACUUUAUAUACUUAUUAUAUAAGUAUAUAAGGAAGGUAUACUUAUUUUCCCAUACACACACACACACACACACACACACACACACACACACACACACACACACACACACA